AGGUAAGAUGGCGGAAACCUCAGCGGGUGGACGGAAAGGAUCGGCGGCGAGGCACAACUGCUCCGCGAAUGGAUCAGAGAGGUUUGAGUGGGGGGAUAGUGAAGGAAGUAUGGAUGUAGGAAGUGAAGAGGAGAAUGGUGGAAAUUUAGGGAACCGGUGGAGUGAAGUUAGAAAUAGUCGAGGAGAAAAACGGAAGAAAAGGAGUGAUGUUGAUGAAUCUGACGAAAAGAGUGGGGAUAGCAUUAAGUGCAUUGUGAGAUUUGGGGAGCAGUUAGGGGUAAGCAAAAUUAAUCCGUUAAAACUGACAAAGAUCAUAAAUAGGGAAAUAGGAAAUGUUGGGUUUGCUAAAGUACUCUCUGAUGGAAAUUUGCUAGUUGGAUGUAAUAAUGAAGAACAGGCAAAUAAAGCUCUCAAAGUAAAGGAAAUAGGAGGGAUUAAAGUUGUCAGCACAAACAGAGUUGGAACUAGAAGUAAAGCUAGGGGUCAAAAAGGGAUUGUUUUCGGUGUUCCUCUUAACAUAGGCAUGGAAGAAUUUAAAGGUAAUCUAAAGGGAGGAAAAGUAGUGAAUGCUUAUAGGCUAAAGGCAGUUGUUGAAGGGAUUAGGAAGGACACUGAAACAGUAGUGAUAGAAUUCAUAGGGGAGGAAAUUCCAAAAAGAGUGAUGUUGGGGGUAAUGAGUUAUAUCGUAAGAGAGUUUAUACCGGGACCAAUGAGAUGUUUUAAUUGCCAAAGAUUUGGGCAUGUUGCUACAAGAUGUAGAGAACAGUGUAGAUGUGCGCGAUGCGGGGGAAAGCAUGAAUAUGGCAAGUGUGAGGAGGGAGUAAAACCAAAGUGUUGCAAUUGUGGUGAGGGUCACAGUGCAGCCUUUAGAGGAUGUGAAGUGUUAAAGAUGGAGAUGGUGAUUCAGAAAAGGAGAGUGGAGGAGAAGUUAACUUAUGCUGAGGCAGCAAAACUGGUUAGAGACCAAAAUACAAAGCAAAGUGUUCAGACAGGGGAUACAGUUAGAGGAAACAAAGACGUUUCAGAAGAUUAUAUGAUAGUUGAAAAGAAAAAAUUGGUGACAUUUAUUGCUGGAGUUAUUAAUAGUACAGCAGGGAUUGAAUCAAAAACUCAAAAAAUACAGGUAGUUGUAAUAGCAGCAAUACGUCAUCUUGGAUUGGUGGACUUGACCUGGGAAGAAGUUAGGGAUGAACUUCAGAUAAGGUCAAGUCAGGAUACAAAUGGGACGGGAUUAAUAAGUAGAAUGUAACUCUCUGUUCCACACUCCGGAGCAGAAGGUGGCGGUAAUGCACCUAAUUAC